AAUGAAACUGUCAAGUUCCGGUCAUGUCCGCAAGUAUGCAUCUGUGAAUUAUCUGAAAAAUGAACCGAAAAAACCAGAUGUUAAAACAGCAAUUCCAGGCCCGAAGACUCUGGCUCUAACGGAGAAAUUAGGAAAAAUCCAAAAUACUGGGGCCAUAAAUUUUUUUGUUAAUUAUGAAAAAUCCAUUGGAAAUUAUAUUGUUGAUGUUGAUGACAACGUACUUUUGGAUGUUUUCACUCAAAUUUCAUCAAUACCACUUGGCUACAAUCAUCCGAGAUUUCAUGAUGUAAUGAAAAAUUCACAAAACUUGUCACAUUUCAUCAAUAGACCUGCCUUGGGAAUUUUUCCAUCAGCUGAUUGGCCUGAUAAACUAGAGAGGGCGCUUUUGUCGAUUGCUCCCAAAGGCUUAAAACAUGUUACAACUAUGGCUUGCGGUGCUUGUUCUAAUGAACAAGCAUUUAAACUUAUGUUUACCGCUUAUCAAAGAAGAAAACGUGGUGAGCCAACAGAAGAAGAAAAAGAAAGCUGCGUUUAUAACAAAGAGCCUGGAUGUCCAGAUUUAGUAAUUCUAGGAUUCGACGGAGCCUUUCACGGCAGAUCAAUGGGUUGUUUAAACGUAACUCAUACGAAAUGGAUUCAUAAAAUGGAUUAUCCUCAUAUGGAUUGGCCCUGUGCAGCAUUUCCAAAAUUGAAAUAUCCUUUGGAAGAGAACGUUGAAGAAAAUAAACAGGAAGAAGCGCGUUGCCUGGAAGAUGUUAGAAGGAAAAUUGACGAAUACAACGCAAGGGGUAAAUUUGUUGCCGGCUUAAUUGUAGAACCAAUUCAAGGCGAAGGAGGAGAUAAUUCUGCUUCUGCUGAUUUCUUUUGUCAAGUGCAAGCAAUUUGCAAGGAAAAAGGAGUGUUUUUUCACGUUGAUGAAGUACAAACGGGGGGAGGAUCCACUGGAACUAUUUGGCAACACGAACAAUGGAAUUUACCACAUCCUCCAGACGUUGUUACAUUUAGCAAAAAAAUGCUGACAGGAGGCUUUUAUGCUACAGAUGAACUAUUGCCCAGGGAAGCCUACCGUAUUUUCAAUACUUGGAUGGGCGAUCCUACAAAAGUGCUGUUGCUAGAAGAAAUGGUGAAGGUUAUCAAGGAUGAAAAUUUAUUGUCACAGGUCAAGGUGACAGGGGAAUAUUUGAGAAGUAAUUUAAAUGAGCUACAGGUAAAUUUAGAUAAGUUAUGGUGAAACUAUUUUUUUAAUAUCAUAAAUAUUUCCAUUACGUCACAGAAAAAAUAUAAUAAAAUAAUGACGAACCUUAGAGGUGCUGGACUCUUUUUAUGCUUCGAUUGUCCAACAGUAGAGACAAGGGAUAAACUUAUAUCGACACUGAAAUCCAAAGGAGUUCUAUUGGGUGGUAACGGUGUUUCGUCUGUACGCGUUAGACCAACUUUGGUCUUUGGAAAAGGUCAUGCCGACAUUCUCCUAAACUCUCUUGAAGAAACUCUUGAAGAACUUCAAUGAAAAAAAAGAAAGUCCUAAAUUUUUUAAAAAGCACGAUUUUCAUUGUUUUUAACAUAGAUGUUUACAUUGAUCCUAUUACACAUUUACUGUUAUCCUAUAAAUGAUGCUGAU